GCGGAAAGGUAUACGAAGAGAACGAAAACAUACGAGUCCUCACCGGGUGUCUGAUCAGAGUGGUUGAUGAGUGUCAAGAAAUAUCGUUGACUAUAGAAUUGAGAUAUUAAAGUAUACUUGUGUCAUAAAUAUCAGAUUCACAUAAUGGAGACCGAUGACGGCAAUGAUAAUGCUACAUGUACAUGUAACAUUGGGUCUGUUUCUGCAACCGGUGCACCACUGAAGGGUCAUCCUGUGCAGAUAGUGAUUGCUAAGGACGACCACACAUUUGAGUUGAAUGAAGAAAAAUUAGAGGAGGUCCUACAUCACCCUCUCAUUCAAAACAAAAAGGUCGUCGUCGUCUCAGUAGCUGGGGCGUUCCGGAAAGGGAAAUCUUUUCUUCUAGAUUUCUUCCUUCGAUAUCUUUUUGCAAAUGGUUCACCCGACUGGAUGGGGGAUGACGAUUCCCCCCUGGAGGGGUUCACCUGGCGGGGAGGGUCAGAGCGAGAUACAACUGGCAUCCUGUUGUGGAGCGAACCUUUUGUCUGGCAAAUACCAUCUGGAGAAGAGGUAGCCAUACUUCUGAUGGACACACAGGGGGCCUUCGACAGCGAGUCCACUGUCAGAGAUUGUGCCACGGUCUUCGCUCUCAGCACAAUGAUCAGUUCUGUUCAGGUUUAUAAUUUAACACAGAAUAUACAGGAAGAUGAUCUUCAGCAUCUACAGUUGUUUACAGAGUAUGGCAGGUUAGCCCUAGAAGACAAUGACAAUGUCUCUAAACCAUUCCAGAGUCUCUGGUUUUUGGUGCGAGACUGGAGUUUCCCUUAUGAAGCAUCUUAUGGGGUUGCAGGUGGCAAAAAGAUUCUUAUGAGAAGACUACAGAUCUCUAACCGACAACAUCCUGAGCUGCAGCAGUUACGAAGACACAUCAGUUCAUGUUUUGAUUCCAUCAACUGCUUCCUCCUUCCACACCCUGGCCUUAAGGUUGCUACCAACCCACACUUUGAUGGUAGAUUACGAGAUAUUGAAGACGACUUCAAAGAUCAACUUAAAAUCUUAGUGCCUUUACUCCUGUCCAGAUCCAAUCUUAUCCCCAAAGAAAUAAAUGGCACUCAGAUCACCUGCAGUGAUUUGGUGGAAUAUUUUAAGGCCUAUAUCAAAAUUUAUCAAGGAGAGGAGUUGCCGGAACCAAAGUCAAUGCUGCAGGCAACUGCUGAAGCUAACAAUCUUGCAGCUGUGUCUAACUCAAAAAAUAAAUAUAUCAAAGAGAUGGAAGAGGUCAUUGGUGGAGACCAGCCAUAUAUGCAUCCAGAUCAGGUGGAGAAAGAACACACCCAGUGCUUGCAGAGAGCAGAGCGCCUUUUUUUCCAAACCAAGAAGAUGGGAGGUCCCGAGUUCAGCAAGAGAUAUUCGGACCAGCUUCGGGAAGAACUCGACGAGGCGUUUGAAAACUUUAAAAAACACAACGAGGCCAAGAACGUGUUCAGUGCAGCGAGAACCCCUGCCGUGCUGUUCACCGUCAUGGUAGCCUCGUACAUGAUGGCGGGCAUUGUGGGCAUGCUGGGAAUCGAGUCGCUGGCUAACCUGCUGAACCUGGUGAUGUUCGUCUUCUUGGUCCUCAUGCUCACCUGGGUGUAUGUCCGCUACACCGGUGAGCACAGAAACGUGUCCACGGUCAUAGACCAGGUAGCAGAUCUCAUCUGGGAUAAGAUUCUUUCUCAAAUAUAUACCACGGCAGCUCAGCAUGCGGCUAACCAAGCUGCUAAGCAUGCAGUGGGAAAAAUAAGGAAGACACAAUAGUUAGUGCUAGCACAUACAUGUAGCACAGCGUCUACAGGUCUAUUAUGCAACAACAGAGUAUACUCCACGGAGGGGUCAAAUUCUAUCUGCCUUCUGCAGGGCAGAGACUGGUUUAAUGUUUGUUGAUAGGUUUCCAUUGACGUUUGUGCCAGUCAUGUUGACUCGUUUAUUUUCUUACUGCUAUCGACUGUGCAGAUAAAAAGAUGACUUGUAGUUGGUGCAAUGGACUUGUUUAAGAUUUCAUCCUUGAAGCUGGUAGAAAAUAUUUAAAUUCUACCUCUGCAGUGUUGUGUUUCAUCCCCCAACAUAUUUUGCAGUAAAUUGUGAUACUUUUUUCAUCCUUCUCGAAAUAUUUUGUAUUUCAAAAUACUGUAGAUUAACUGGUUCAGUGGAUGUGUACAGAAAUACCUUGAAAUAAUUCAAAUUGUUAUAAAAAAAAAAAAAGUUGGUCAUGUUAAGUUAUACAAUGUUAAAAUUAUUGGAAACAGUUGUGUUCAAAUUUCAGUAAUUAAAUUGUUAAUUGUACAUUUAUGAAGUGAAAACAUUUCAUUAAAGACACUUCUUAAUAGU